UGCAGACUCUUUCCUCUUUCUUUCUCUCAUCUGUGUCUUGUCCUGGCAAAAUAUGGCUACUUUUGAGGAAAGCUCAGAUUUGGAUGCUAUACAUAAACACCUCUUUGAAGACUUUAUGGUUUCUGAUAGUUUCAUGAGAGACUUUGACUUUGAUGCUUCUUCUGUCUCAGGACUAUGGUGUAUAGAGCCUGUGAUGAGCCAAGUUCCUAAACAAGAACCUGAUUCACCGGUUCUUGAUCCUGAUUCAUUCCUCCAAGAGUUUCUACAUGUGGAAGCCGACUCAUCUACAUCAACAACAGGGAUUCCAGAGCUGGACUCAUCAUCACAUGAGAGUGUCUCCAUCAGGAAAAAAGCAAAGAGGUUUGAAGAGGAAGAAGAACAGAGGCAUUACAGAGGAGUGAGAAGAAGGCCAUGGGGGAAAUUUGCAGCAGAGAUUCGAGAUCCAGCUAAGAAAGGGUCUCGUAUCUGGCUAGGAACCUUUGAGAGUGAUGUUGAUGCUGCAAGAGCCUAUGACUGUGCAGCUUUCAAGCUCAGGGGAAGAAAAGCUGUGCUCAACUUUCCUCUUGACGCUGGCAAAUAUGAAGCUCCGGCUACUUCAGGACGGAAAAGGAAAAGAAGUUAUGUGCAGGAGGAGCUCCAAAGAAGUCAGAGCAACUCUUCAUCAUCUUCAAAUGUGAAUGGUGCAUUUAACGUUUAAGGGUGUGAGCAUGCAGGUUCAUUGUAUAAGUAAAAUUGUACAGGGAAGUUGAACUUGUAUCUAUGUUCUGUUUCUUCAUGUUCAAAAAGACCAUACUAUUUUAGAAACAAGUUCUUGUUUCCAAAAGCAUAUCUCUAACACACAAUUAGGGUCUAAAUUUUCUAACAUAGAAACUUCAGUGGAAUAGCUUCAACAAG